UUGACUUUGUAUCACACCGAAUCUAAGAGCUGAGAAGGCUCAGCUCGUGUUGCUCUACAUUUAGCUGUACAAUAGUUCAGGAUACUACAAGUAUCUCGCCGUGUGUUCAUCUGAGAGGAGUCAGUAAAGUCGAGUUACAGCUCAUGAGAAGGCCUUGGCUGGCUUUCAGGGGACAUUGCAACCUGCUCUUGCAGAGGUUCAGGAUGGCAGAUUGCAGUGGCUCUGUGUGUUUUUGGGGGUUGCUAAUGCUAAUAUGUGCUAGCUCUAAUACUCAUCAAGCAGGAAGCAAUUGCUUUGUUUUAGGGGAUUCACUCCUUCACUCCAAACAGAACUGCAUGAUGGAUAAUAAUAAAAAUGGAGAGUUACUUGACUGAAGUCUCUGCGUAAAUGGAGCAUCGAUGGGUUUGUUGCUGCUCUGGUGGUUUUCAUGUUGCUACGAUAAAAGAUCCCAGUACAUCACGUUUGUCACCGCGUGGCAUCUGAUGCGUCUCGCAGUGACCGUCGGCUCUUCGCUCUCACAUGGUGUGUUGUAGAUUUCAUUAGUUUGGUUCUCUGAAAGUCAUCUCCAUGUUAUCUUUCAUGUUUGUCCUUCAGGUGAGAUGUUUUCAGCUCACCUGUGUUUGAUCAGACGGGCUCUUCGGCGUCUUAACUCACAACUGUACACUCACCUCUGAAGAGGAAGCAGGAAGCGUCCAAUUUCACUGCCUGGUCUCAUUUCAGUAAACGGUCCGAUGGAGGAAACAUCUCUUCGGUGGCUGCUCUGGCUGACCACAGCGCUCUGCUGCAGACUCACGCAAGCUCGUCUGACUGUGAGUCCCAGCAGCUCUCAGUUCUUCAGCUGGACGUCCGUCUCUCUGAGCUGCGAGGACGACGACGGCUCUGCCGGAUGGACGCUGAGGAGGAACACGACCAGAGAAACCAGGACUCGGUGUGGUGAAUGGGGGACAUCAGCUGGUUCUUCCUGCAUCAUCAGCUACAUCGUCACAUGGGACAGUGGAGUUUACUGGUGUGAGUCCAGAGACGGAGCAACCAGUAACACCAUCAACAUCACUGUCACUGGUGGACCAGUGAUCCUGCAGAGUCCUGUCCUCCCUGUGAUGGAUGGACAUGAUGUCACUCUGCACUGUAAAACAAAGACCCCUCCCUCCGACCUCCCAGCUGCUUUCUAUAAAGAUGGCUCCCUCAUCAGCACUGAGCCUACAGGUCACAUGACCAUCCACCAUGUUUCCAAGUCUGAUGAAGGCCUCUACAAGUGUAACAGCAGCCGUCACGGAGAGUCUCCACCCAGCUGGAUCUCUGUCACAGGUGGGAUUCUCUCUACAGGUACACCUACAGCCCCGCCCCCUGCCUCAGCCCCCCUCCAGCUUGUGUUCAGACUGGUCUGCCACCUGGUGGUGUUCUGUCCGUACUGCAUCUCCACCGUCCUCAUGGUGUCUUUAUAUCGACGCAGGCCCACAGGAAGUGACCUGCCCGUCGGCAUGGCAACGACCCCGCCCCACAGAGCUGAGGAGGGACCGGCCGAUGAGCUUGGCGCCGCGGAGCAUCGCUUCUGAGCCGAACCGAUUCAUGGCGACCAGUGUCUUCGUGGUCACACGUCCCGUUCCAGCGCUUCACGCUGGACUUGUACUGGGCUCACACUUCACGCAGCCACACGUUUAACGUAAAACAAGGGAAAUAAAUGCUUUACGUCUCUUUGUGUUUCCGGGUCGUCCUGUCACAUGUUCUCAUUUCAUCCCACAGAUCUAUUAGAUUUCUCUUCGUCUGCUCGACAUCGCUCCUCGUCCUCAGAUCUUUGUUUUCUUCACCUUCUUUCCCUCCACAGCAGAGUUUAGAGCUUCACGCAGCCUUCUGGCCUCUUGAGUUAUUGAAGGAAACCUUUACGAGCUUAUUCGCUUUUGUUUUCGCUGAACUGUAAAAAAGUGCAGCACGUCUGAGGAACAGAAGCCCCUAAAUGGUCCCUUACUGUUUUUACACUUCAGUUUUCUAUAUAACGGGUUAAUCAGCUUCAGAGUCAGGCUAGCAGGCCGCCCCCCCGUUUCCAGUCUUUAUGUUAAGCUAAGCUAACCAGCGUACAGGCGUGAGAGCGGCAUCAAUCCGAACAUCUCGAAACGGUCCAACUGCAGCUCUUCAGGCCCCUCUGACCAGCUAACGUUCCAGCAGAACUACGUGACCGCGGACACGCUAACGUGCAAGAUAUCCAACAGUAUACAACAAUAAGAACAAUAAGAAUAAGAAUAACAAUGAAAAUAAGAAUAACAGUGAGAGAGUUUAGUUAUAUAGUUAGUUGCUGAUCACAUGUCGUGAGUUUAUUAGAGCAUUUGUUGGAAAGCUAGCAGCUGGCGGCUAAUGAGCUAGCACAGGCUGCGUGCAAACUGCAAGCUAACGUCAGCUAACGGGCCCCCACCUUACGAAAGUGAGAACAAACCUUUAAAGGAGGCCUGUAGAUCUAAUGAGUGAAGGUUCGGCUGGACCCAUUAUUUCAGGCAGAUUCUGGAGGACCCUGCUCCAGCAGCUGACCCUCAGAGGAGGAGAAGAAGAGCGCUGAACUGUUGCUUCAACACGGAGGAAAAUAAAGAUUCAAAGAAACAGAAUCAGCAACAAACGUUGAGCAGGAAUCUUUUAUUCAGACGCGGCGGCGGCUUCCUUCUCGUUUCAUUCGGAGCCUCAACGGCUAAAAGUUUUAAACAGUCCGAUCUCACGUGCAGCCGAGCGCGGAGUUCAGGGAGACAGUCUGUGUGUCUGACGGACAGCACGGAGGUCAAAGGUCACGAGGGGCCGUGGUUGCCAUGGCGCUG